AUGAAGAGACCAAUGUCUGGAAGCAACCCUCGUCCAUCGUCGCGUCUGGCUGGCCUGAAAUCCUACAUUUCUCAACAGAACCUUCGCACGGUUAUACCAACUCGUCGGGCGCUCAGACCAGGAGAGAGCGGUUAUAUUGAUGGGCAGACGACGACGCAGAGCUGGAGUCAGUGGGCGGGUCAGAAAAUCAGGCGGGGAUCAGAUGUGACAACCAUGGAAGAGGUGACUCUGUUUCCUGGCUGGGCAUCCCGGUGUCCUACCAGUGAACAGGAGGAUGAAAACGCAUUUGACCUAGUUGUUUACGUCUCGGGCUAUGCGACGACGCGCAGGUCGCCAGAGUUUCUUACUCGCUCCCAGCGUGCAUUUCUGAGACUAGCUAGAGGUUAUGCCUCUCUGCCCAAAUUACAGUUGCCCGUCAAAGGAACAUCCAUGAUAGAGAUAGACGGUAUUAGGCUACCUCCCCGUCCAGACGAAAUAGCAGACGACUUCGAGAUGAUGGAACUAGUAGACAAGGAGUUCGAGCACAUGAGGUUUCCACAAAAGCCUCAAUUAACUGAAGAACCAUAUGACUCUGAAUCUGACCCUCAGCCGACAUCUUCACGUUACGACCCAUCAGCGUCGUUGGGAAGUUCUCUACUCCAUAAACAGCACAAGAACCUCGAGGCACGUCUGCGACCAUUUUGGUCAUCCGCAUUAUCCUCCCGCACUGUCCAAAUAAGCAUUUAUGCUGUAUCCACUGCCUCACACAGCUCCGAUUCGAAACGUGACGCCCUCGAACAUGGUCCGUUGUUAACGGAACACGUGUUUACUGGACCAGACGGGGCCUUCGUAAAGGCAUUCAAUAUACCCUGGCAGAAGCUAUGUAGGCGUGCUCUAGCGCAGCACAAACCAUUGGACGGAUCGCACAUAGAACAUGAACUACUCGUUGCUGCAAAGCUGCUCCCUGAACCCGCGCCUACACCCGCAUACUUCUUUUCUGCAGACGUCCCAAGGCACAUUUCGUUGGUCGUUCCAAUCACAUCUGCACCCAUCCGCGUCAUAACAGACAUUGACGAUACUGUCAAGCUCUCGAAUAUCACAAACGGCGCUCGUACCGUCUUCCACAAUGUUUUCGUUAAAGAUCUCGCGGAGACGACCAUUCCAGAGAUGGGGACGUGGUAUAAGUCGAUGUGGGGGCGAGGCGUUCGCUUUCACUACGUCUCUAAUUCCCCCUUUGAACUCCUCCCUGUCGUCAAAGAAUUUUUGCAGAUAUCGGACCUCCCGCAGGGAUCUAUUUGCCUUAAAUCCUAUAACGGUAGAUCCUUCUUCAACGCCCUUCUUUCUGACCCCGCCACCCGCAAGCGCGCGAAUGUGGUCGAAGUCCUCGACGGUUUUCCUGAUUCGAGGUUCAUCCUGAUUGGCGAUUCAGGCGAGCAAGAUCUGGAGCUUUAUGCAUCAAUCGCCGCGGAGCGCCCCAAGCAGAUUCUGGCUGUGUUUAUCCGAGAUGUACAUGACACAGGGCUUGCGGACGCUACAGGUAGUCUGGCAAAUGUCAUGACCAUGAGAUCUCCAGUCAAGAAGACGAGCUUGCCGGCGCAGUCCUCUGUUGUCCGUCCACACCCCCUUCGCGCGAUAUCUGACCCGGACACUCUGACAGACUCGGGGUCGUACAUUCCAAGUUCGGUGUCAUAUUUUGGUGCGAGGAGGAAACCCACCACCAAAGUUACCCUGCCCCCACAAUCAUUUUCCUCAUUCGAUAUCUCCACAAAUGUAACACCAGAUUCCAAAAAACCAAGGAUGUCAGUGGAUUCCAUAAGCUCGAUUGGUUCGAGCUCGAGCUCUCUGUCUAUGCGAAACCUGAGACGGGCGACUGGUCAGACCACGCCGCCUAUGACAGAGGCAGAGAAGAGACGUUUCGAGCUGCAAAAUCGCGUAAACAAAGCGAGAUUGACGAUGGGGUCUGACGUCGUUCUGCGAGUGUUCAAGCACCCAGAGGAGUGUAUAGAGUCUGAGCGGCUUCUAGAGCCACUGAAGGAUGGGAGACCUACAUAG